CCUCGAUUCGACCCCAUUGUCUGUGCCGCUGCUCAACAGGCGACGGGGGAGUGACAGAGCCAAGUUCUGCCGAGUACUGGGUGGUGUGUUUCAUGGACGGCAGCAGCUUCGGUUCUACAGGACGAAGUCGCCACGCUGAGCUCAUCCGUCGCCCGCCGCUUCUCGUCGCCAGUUCGGAGUGCCCCUUUCGGUCCUAACACAGCGCGCUUCUGGUCCGCGGCCAGAGUCAGAGCCUCAGCAUCACCGCCGAACCCCGCCCGCUGCUCCCACCGCAUGCGUCGUUGUCGUUGUUCUCAGCUACUGUAAUGGGGAAGCGGCGGCGUCGAACGGUCAAUCGCAGAGUUACAGGGCACAUGCAUCAGACGAGGGAGCAAUGAGUUCGGGACAGGCAGGGAGCUCCAGCGGCACACAAGGCGAUACGGACUGGAAGGCGCAUCCGCCAUCCGCUCAGCAACAGCCGGACACGACGGAUCGCCACAACGAGGUCCACCAGGACUGCUUGUCUCCCGAGCUCCGUGCAUUGUUGGAACAGGGAGCUGAGGAGGCCGGCCUGGAGGUGGACGAGGACGAGGACGAGGACGAGGCCGAGGUUGACGAAGCGGACUCGGACGAAGACAAUGCCCGGUCGGUCUACGCCGUGAGCAUGUAUCCCGUCGUACAGCCCUCCCACCGGGUCGAACGCCCCUACGAGAACGGGCAAGACUCGGCCACGAUUGACUCGUCGCGCACGCUGUAUGCCGAAGAUUUCGACUUCGUCGUCGAGAAUGGGCGGCAGUACUGCGGCGACUACUUCCUCCCGAUCGACCAGACGGAGCAGACGCGCCAAUAUGUCAUCCACCAAGUCUUUCUCAAGCUGUUCGACCUCGAGCUGACGACCGUGCCGCUGGAGAACCCGCGAUACAUCCUCGACAUCGGCACGGGCAUCGGCGAGUGGGCCAUCGGCAUGGCCGAGAGGUACCCGCGAAGCGAGGUCUUCGGCACCGACAUUGCGCCCAUCCAACCCACCAACCAGGUUCCCUUCAACGUCGAGUUCCACAUCGAGAACGCCGAAGAGGAAUGGAUCCACCCCGCCAACACGGCCGACCUCGUACACCUGCGCAACAUGGACGGCGCCUUCUCGGACUGGGCGCUCGUCUACCGCGAAGCAUUCACGUGCGUCAAACCCGGCGGCUGGAUCGAGGUGGUCGACUGGGAGAACUUCCUCACCGACAAGAGCUUCCUGUCCUUCUUCCCGGAAGGGUCGCCGCCGCGCAUCCUGGCCAAGGCGUGGCUCGAGGCGGCCGAGGCGGCGGGCAAGCUGCGCGACGCGGCGCACGCGAACCAGGCCCUGCUGAAGGACGCCGGCUUCGUCGACAUCCGCGAGACCGUGUACACCAUGGACAUCGGCCCGCCUGAGAGCAGCAGCUCCGGCAAGUUCUGGCUGUACUCCAUCGUCACCGGCAUCGAGGCCUUCUGCCUGCGAAUGCUGACCAAGCACCUCGGCUGGGACCCCGACGAGGUGCGCGACCUGUGCGACAAGGCCGCCCGCGAGAUGCAGCGCGUGGCCGAGAACCCCGGCCGCGAGGAGGCCUUCGUCAUGAAGGUGCGCGUCGUGGUUGCCAGGAAGCCCGUGGCGAGCACGCUGAACGGGAAUCAUGCCGAUGCUCAGACUUGCAGUGGGGAUGAGAGCACGAUUGGGGCGAGGACGAUACGAUCAGAGGAUACAUUGUGAGUGAGCAUGGGCGCCAAGCUCUCUGGAAAAGAUUUUGCAACUAGGUAAAAAUGCUGUCCGUACGUUGCUGGACGCGGAACUAGGGACGGUCGUUGGAGCGUUGGCCCCCUUUUUAUUUCUUGUUUUCUCUUGUAACACUGUUGAUACCCGGUUCGCUCUUCUGUGUACAUAGUUCGGCUCCGGUUGCAUGAUGGGGCAAUGGCCUUUGGUUCAAAAUGCUGUUGAAGCAGAUACAAUUACUUUUUGGAAUCAAUGCCAGAUGGGCAUGAGUUGGAACGGC